UUAAUUGGUUACCACAAUUCAUUACACCAACAACUCUUUCAUGUUUUGCCUUUUUGGCAGACUGACGACGAUAAGAAGAAGAAGAAGAAAUCAGAAACCCGAGCAAGCAUUAUCAAAUACUCUAAAAAAUUGAGAAGAUGACAGAACCAAAUCAAGAAGCCACGCACCACCACCACCACCACCACCACCACCACCUCCCAAAAAGAAUAAUCCUUGUCCGCCAUGGAGAAUCACAAGGCAACCUAGACACAGCAGCUUACACUACAACGCCUGACAACAAAAUCCAAUUAACUCCUUCUGGUCUAGCACAAGCUCGGCAAGCUGGGAAUCACUUGUACAACAUAAUCUCCAAUGACGAGAACAAGAACUGGAGGGUUUACUUCUAUGUGUCCCCAUAUGAUCGGACAAGAUCAACACUUAGAGAGAUUGGACGGUCGUUCAAGAAAGAGAGGAUUAUUGGGGUAAGAGAAGAGUGCAGAGUAAGAGAACAGGAUUUUGGGAAUUUUCAGGUGAAGGAGAGAAUGAAGGUUGUUAAAGAGUCUAGAGAGAGGUUUGGGAGGUUCUUUUAUAGGUUUCCUGAAGGAGAAUCUGCUGCUGAUGUUUUUGAUCGCGUUUCAGGUUUUCUUGAAUCUCUAUGGAGGGACAUAGAUAUGAAAAGGUUUCACCGAGACCCUUCCCAUGACUUAAACCUUAUAAUUGUAUCACAUGGGUUAACUUGCCGCGUGUUCCUUAUGAAGUGGUUCAAGUGGACUGUUCAGCAAUUUGAGCACUUGAAUAAUCCAGGGAACUGCGAGUUUCGAAUUAUGCAGUUGGGGCCUGGUGGAGAAUACAGCUUAGCCAUCCAUCACACCGAUGACGAAAUGCUAGAAUGGGGACUCUCUCCUGAAAUGAUUGAUGAUCAAAAGUGGAGGAUGCGUGCCAACAAGGGUGAUUGGAACGAAAAAUGUCCUUGGUACCUUGAUGAGUUUUUUGAUCAUGUAGCAGACUCAGACAGAGAAUCCGAUGACAAAGAAAAUGGUUCUUCAGGCAUGUGCGAAUAGGGUUCCUCUAUAUUUGAUUGAUAAUUCUUUGAUUCAAUCUAUAAUAACUGCACUUUUCUAAUGGUAAACAUUAUAUUGAAAAUGAAAUAUAUUGGGUAUGAUUCCAUGUCCGGGUCAUCCCUCAAAGAGCGCCACCAAGUUAUGAAAUUGAUUGUACUUAGUAUUGAUUGUAACAAUGUAAGACAUAUUUUCUUGACAAUGUAUGAUUUAAUGCUGUCAUACGAGGACAUUACAUCAUGUGAUCAUUUUCAUGAAGAAA